AUGCUUCGUGGCGCAUACCACCACGCAAUAAUCCUCCCUGCCGCCUGUCUCACUGCGUCAUCCAGACCAGAAUGCGCGGACCAGCAGAGCCACCGCGAGGUCCUCUACAACUCGGACGACCUGGCACGCCACAUGGCCAACUUCGUGAUGAACCAGAUACCCACGGUAUCGGUAGCACAUAUCUCCUCGCGCGACUUCAUUCCACCCAACCUCUGGCGCGACCCCCUCCGUGUCUACGCCUGCCUGUUCGCGCAGGCAAGCCGCGUUCUCUUCCUCGUGACAAAGGAGGACGUCGACAGGUUUGGCGACUUCCUCCACACGCAACUCCGACCCCUUUUGAAACGACCGAUGGCCGUGGAAGACGACUGGAAAUCACGGUUCCUCGUUGUCGCGAUGGGGUACUUUGACUUGCCGAGGCCCCAGCUCUGUGAUGUCGUUCGUUUCCGGGAAGUGGGUUGGUUCAGGGAUAGCAUGGCCUUGUUCGUGUUGGGUCAAAAGAUUCAAGAUUUUUGGACAGCUAGGUGCCACAACACUCAGCUAACCUCAAAGAAUCCAGGCUGGGAUUUUGUUGCCACCCUGGAAGAGACUGAGACGUUUCAGUCAUUGGUGACAGUGAAAACCGUCACCAACGAUGAUACCCCUGAAAGCCAACGAGUAGCCUACGAACGCCUUGCAGGAACCUUCGAUGAUGACGAGUCGGUGGUGCCGAACGACGAUGUGCGCGUCCUUGCACGACGUCAGACCUGCAACUUCCAGGUCGAUAUCGAAACCAAUCGGUCAUUUGAGAUCCACGAACCCCUGGUGUACGGUUACUCACUUGCAAAUCUUGAUAGUCAUACCAAUGGAGUAGGACGUCAACGCCCUUAUUCUGCAGUGCUUUCAGAACCUGACUUCUACGGCUGGUCCAGUGUUGACGAAGCCUUCGGUGAUGCGACUGAUGACAAUGUCCUCGAGCUGGAUGACACGCACACGACAAGCAGCAGCGCGAGGGAGAUGCAGUGGUCAUCUCCGGACAGUAUUUCCUUGCCUAACGAGGCCAAACUCCAAGAAAUCGUUUCUGCCGAAGAAAACGAACCCACUCUUGUUGUGGCAGAAAGCGAGGAUUUCGAGGGUGCCUCUUCACCAUCAAACGAUACAGACGAAACUCUGAUUUCUUCAGGCGGCGUCGCAGACGGAUCUAGACCACCAAAACCAGCUAGACGGGAGAGAAUUGUUGAUGUCCAAAGGGACGAUCAACUGCAGGAACCACCGCUAGUAAUCAAGCGAAAAAAAUUUGUACGAGAUGAAGACGGUAGCGUUGGCGGUGUUACUGAUGACGAAGUAGUCUUCCCUGUGGUUCCUGUGGCUCCGCUUGAAAAUCCUUUGGAGUCCAUAAUUGAGCGUUCAGUGGAAGACGACCCAAGUGCUUGCCAAACAGAAAAUCGUGACGCCCUUCCUGAACCCCCAGCAAGGCCAAAACCCACUACACGAACUACCCAAAAUCACUUUGAUAAUCUCGCUUCGGUGCCACCAAAUUCAGUAAAUUCCAACGAGCAACCAACCCCGGAAACUGUCUCAUUUGAAUCUGGAGAUGAGGAAAAAACGUGGAACUGCGUGAACCCUGAAAAGCGCAAUUAUUAUUCAUUAGAAUCUCCUGAAUCACCUACUAAUCCUUUAUCCAACGUACCGCGAUCUCUGGAAGGUAGUCCGUUCUUCACAGACUUUGGCCGAGGUGCAACCAGGGGGAACGGAAAUGCCUCUGGAAAUUUCCGGAAACGCAGGGCUGCGCCGUUGAAUGAUGCAACCUCGGAUUACAUCUCAAUGACUUCACCAGGUCCUCCUUUGUCACAAGUAGGUCUACAUGAGGAAACCAUAAGUGAAGAAGACAUCGAAAAUACAUCGCAUCAUCCAAUUAGUGCUUCUCUAUUGUCUGACCAUGAAAUUGAAUUCCUGGUUCCCCAGAAAAGUGAACCAUUUGUUUCUGAAGGUAAUGAACCCAUUAGUCCAAACGAAAGUGCUGUUUACAACCGAUUUCAGGAGAAUUCUGAGGCUGGAUUUGAAGAAGGCGAGGCAGUGGUGCUUUCCGACUUGAAUCGAGGAGAAAACGUGACUUCAGGAAGCCCCUCGUACGCUGAAGAUAGUCUCAUUACUUGCCUGGGAAGAACCGUGAUGAGCCCUAGUUCUGACGAGACGGCAUCGCUCGUUCGUGGUCACCAAGAGGAGCAUCAGAGUGCUCCGUCCGCGAAAACAGUUACUGAAUCCGAGUCGCUAGGAACGAAUGGCAAAACGGACUCUCAGAGUGAGGUUAAACCACACAUCCUUGGCAACAUCCCGUCUGACGAAGAUCGAGGUGCACCAGGCCAAGACAACGAUCAACAGGUUCCCGAUUGUGUAAAUAAAAGUCCAUUAGACGAAGAAACAGGCUUUGAUCUUGCCAAACCGGAUGCGCCAUGCAGAAUUACCGGGACGACAGAUGUAACUCUGAGUUCUCAGGGUUGCGGAGACGAAGCGUCAAGUGAACACGACCCUCAGAACUCUUCUUCUACCGUGGUGACGCCCUCACUCAGCUUCUUGCCUGCCAAAACAUCAUUGCAGGAAGGUGAUAAGGCCACUAAUGCCUCAAACGCGAGUCUAACAGAACCAGCUGUCAAGGCAACGAUUUUGCCGAUUUCGUUUGUGGCCGCUGCGGGUCAAGACAAUGCCGCUCCAAGUGGAAUUCUUGAAGGGAACGCGGAGAGACCAAUUGUGCCUCAUGCUGCUGAGGAUGAAAAAGGUCCUCGAAUUAAAGCCACCGUGGAACCUGAUGGAAUCUCGGCAAGUGGACCAAUGGAACAAAAUCAGUUACCUUCAGAAGGCCUUCAAGGACUCGAAGGUAAAGUGGUUCUUGGUCCUCCAGACAUCUCCCAGAUAUCCACAGCAGACAACAAUAGCGCAGUUGUGUGUGAAAAAGCCAAAGAAUGUAAUGCGGACAUGUCUAAAUCAACAAAUAAUGAACCUGAUUUGGAUAGAUUAAAAACACUUGCCCACGAAACAAAAGCACAAUUGCGUCCUGAUAAUUCCUCACACCAACAGGCGUCGGACAACAACGGGACAGUUUCCUCGAACAAGUUGGAAAAUUCUACCACUUAUGAACUGCCGAAUCAGAGUAGGAUUUUAACAAGCCCAGAGAAUUGCCAUUCUUCGCAACGGGUACAUCCAAAAGAGGUUGGUGGAGAUAUUUCAGAAGCAGGAAGCAACCGGCUAAAAGUAAUCCCGCUUGCAACCAACGGCGACGUAGCGACUGAAGAAUCUUCCGAACGGAAAGAAAGGUUGGCCAAGAAGGUUUUGUUUAAGGAUUUGCAGACAAGUGACACGGCGGUCACUCAGGAAGUUAGCAGGUCUGUAGAGGACGUCCAAUCCCCAAAUUCACCAACAAUUCAGGAGCCCAACAUCCAACUAAGUAACACUUCAACGCGUGGCUAUCCUGAGGAUUUUGUUGAAGCUAGUGACCAUUCAACACGUCUAGGUGGAGCAAUAAGACAAAAUUUAAGCAAAACCACAGCGUUACCAUUGUUUUCGCCCCCAAACUCUGAAGAACUGUUUACUGUAACUGCCCGCCCUACUGGUUUUAGAGAGGAAACUGAACCUCACGAGUUUUCGCGCACUUUGGGUCCAUGCACUGGCAAAAGUCGAGGAAAAACAACGUUACGGCAACUUGAGAAGUCUGUGGAGCCAGAAUUCGUGACUUUAAAUGUCACAGGUCCAGAGGCUACAGAGGUAGGUUCGCUGGCUGGUGAAAGUAGGAAUCAAGUAAAGACCAAUGAGAAAACAGGAAGCUUCAAGGAUCAGGAGUCCCCGAUUUCUGACUCAUCACCUGAUGAGUCACCGCAACAUGGUGGUAGAUCCGCUUGCUUCCAGGACCAGAUCCCCAACCCCCACACAUAUGAAAGUCCCUCAAAACAAGAGCACUCAUUUCCGGAUGAAAGUUACUCUGCGGAAGAAACAGCCUUCAAAAGAUUUCAACCGACCUUUGCUUUCUCCUCAAACCGACAAUCGCCGUUCCCGGACUCAGACUGUGACCCAGAGAUCACUUCAGCGACAAUGUCAAGACCCUGGCACCUGUCGCCGACAAGGCUCGAAUCAACUCCAGCGACCAGGCCAAUAAUUGUAGCAGGAUCUGCAAACGCGGUCUCCCAGGGUCGAGUGGGCAGGAGAACGUCCCAGGACAGUCAAGCCAGUGCCCUGCCCUCUCUCUAUUACCCCCCUCAGGCAGUUGAAGAGACGCGAUCCGACGUUGUGCUUCGACGGAGGGCGUCUGUCGAACGCAGGCCAACAGGGAGUACGGGACGAUUCAGCACGAUCUCCAUUGACGAGGACUCGAACCGUCAGGAACACGUUGAACUGGUCGAUGCUGCUGUCGGUCGAAGCCGAUCCAAAUCACAUGCAGCUGGAGACAGUCGUCGACGUGGAAGGUCUUCACCAGUGCAGAUACUCUACGAAACCGGUGAAUAUCAUCGAAACAUCAGCACGCAGGCGAAGUCCGGUAGGCGAUCGUCUCAAGCCGACGAUGGCGGACGAUACUUCCGCCUGGUGAAGGACCCGGUCCACAGCGACGUGAAAGGUCCAUCGACGUACUGGAAGGAUCGAUCUGUCGGCUCUCCGACUCCCUACGCUCUCGCCAAUUUUUCCGACAACACUUCAGAGAUUUCAGCUACCUCGGACAUCAGCAGCGUUGGGAGCAGAGAAAUCGGAAUCACCAAUGCCUCGAAAAAGGACGUGGCACAAGCCCUCGUCUCUGUAUAUACGGCUCUUGGCAAGGCAUCAAAGAUUAUUUCCGCGUCGUCACAAGUAAUCAUGCAACAGGUUGAACGAUUAAAUAGUGAAAAGUCAGGCCAAACGGAAGAUUGA